AUGGACCAAAUUAUUAUCGAUUUGAAGCGGGCAAUUGAUGAUUUGAGAAUCGUUCAACAAGCGAAACAAGCAUAUCAAAUUGAAAAGGAAGCGAAACAAGCUCAAAUAAACGCAAAAAAUGCUGCCGAGAUGAAUAAACUUAGUGCCCAGAUUGCUGCACUCACUGCCAAACUACCCCAAGUAAUUCCACAAAAGGAUGUCACCGAGAAACAAUUUCAGGAUGGCUUGCAAGAUAUACAAGAAUUUUCUACAGGGGUAGCUAGUUUGGAGGAUAAGCAUGAAAAAUACAUUCAUGACCAGAAUGCACUUGAGAAGAAGAAAGUGCAAUUGCUUGUAUCACAAGCUCAAAAAACUAAAUUGGAUGGAGGUAAGACCCCCGGUGGUAAAGGGAAUGUUAGUUUAGCCGUCGAUGAAGAUGCAGGGUUUGAACGCUACUUACCUGUUCUUUACUCUAAAACCAAACCUGACUCGAAUCACCGGAUUACUUAUCCACACUUUACCGUUUCUAAGUAUAUCAUUUACAGUUCAACCGAUCCUGAAAAAUUAAAGAAGUUGGGGCAGAUCCAGGCUCAUUUUUGGUCCUACAACUUUGGUCAGUCUCAAGUUGCUGCUUUAAUGGUUGAAAGUUCUUCCAACUUUGUUAUGGAAAAUAGUGGCAGAGCUGUUGCUAUUUUAAACCGUCAACCCGUGUAUGAUGAAAAAGUUGUUGAUUAUCUUAAUAAGAUGGAAAAUGAUUUAGGCAAUGCUGUUCAAUUCAAUACCCGUUUGACACUAAUCAAAAUGGCCAUCUUUGAGUGUUCGCGACAACACUUUUCAAAGAUAGUUAAUGCCAUUGAUUUUGACAAGUACAUUUGCGAAGUGCAACUUGAAACAAGAUGUCAGACUGAUGUUCUGACAUUCGAAACAAUAAACCAUAUUUUAAGAGCAACGACGUCUCUAAAACAAGUCAAUUCAAUUGAUUCUAACUACAAUAAAGUGGGGUUCAAACUGAUGAAUAACGCUCAUUUGUAUUGCUCUGUUUAG